CCACUUACCUCAUCACCGGGCAGACAUCACACCAAGGGCCACUUACCUCAUCACCGGGCAGACAUCACACCAAGGGCCACUUACCUCAUCACCGGGCAGACAUCACACCAGGGCCACUUACCUCAUCACCGGGCAGGGGACAUCACAUCACACCAGGGGCCACUUACCUCUCAUCACACCGGGCAGACAUCACACCACCAGGGGCCACUUACCUCAUCACCGGGCAGACAUCACACCAGGGGCCACUUACCUCAUCACCGGGCACAUCACACCAGGGCCACUUACCUCAUCACCGGGCAGACAUCACACCAGGGCCACUUACCUCAUCACCGGGCAGACAUCACACCAGGGGCCACUUACCUCAUCACCUGGCAGACAUCACACCAGGGGCCACUUACCUUAUCACCGGGCAAACAUCACACCAAGGGGGGCCACUUACCGUAUCACCAGGCAGACAUCACACCAGGGGCCACUUACCUCACCACCGGGCAGACAUCACACCAGGGGCCACUUACCUCACCACCGGGCAGACAUCCCACCAGGGGCCACUUACCUUAUCACCGGGCAGACAUCACACCAGGGGCCACUUACCUCAUCACCGGGCAAACAUCACACCAGGGGCCACUUACCUCAUCAACGGGCAAACAUCACACCAGGGGCCACUUACCUUAUCACCAGGCAGGG